AUCAGUGAGGUCGUCGCCACCGCAGUCGAAGCGGCGGACCGGACCAGCGCGAGUGGGUGUGAGGGGCUCGGAGUGACGGUGCCAGGAAAAGGACCACGGGUAUUCGCACACCAGCUCAAAUCAAAGCUGAGCUGCGUGACGAGGUAGGGAGUGCAGCGGGAGGUCGAUCCUCCGAUCGGGGAGCCUGAGGAAGGAGUUCGUCUGCAACUCUGUAAGACACCCCACCAGCCCCUCGCUGCUUUCCAAGCCCGUGCGGUUGUCUGGUAGGCCCGUGGGGUUGUCUGGCCCAGUCCUCGUGACUGUCUGACCUCCCGUGGGACUGCCCGGACCGGCCGAGGACCAGCCCCGCCGUGGACGGCAGGCGUUCCGCAGUAGCUGCAGGAUGACGUCACGUGCACGAUUGCUGGCGCUGGCGUGUCUUCUGCUGGCCGCGUCGAGAGUCGCGGCCGGCUGCGGCUUCCCCGGCUCGCCGGCGCACAGUUCGGUCACCUUCUCCACUGCAGUGGUGGAGGCCGGCACCACGGCCACUUACAGCUGUGACCGCGGCUUCGAGUUGCUGGGACCGGCGCGGCGCGUCUGCCAGGCUAACGGCACCUGGACGCCGGCAGGGAUACCCUUCUGCGUCAUCAACGUGGCAGCGGGGAAGGCGCCGAUGCAGUCUACCACCCACCAGGACGGCAUUCCCCAGAAGGCCGUGGACGGCAGCACCAGCGGACUGUUCAGCUCGCAGACGUGCACCAUGACCCAGCCGGAGGCGACGCCGCUGUGGUACGUCAACCUGCUGGAGCCCUUCAUGAUCCAGCUGGUGCGCAUCGACUUCGGACAGGCCUGCUGCGAGCACAACCUGCCAGCCACGGUGGUCGUCCGCGUCGGCAACAAUCGGCCCGACCUACUCACCAACCCCAUCUGCAAUCGGUACACAGGGGUUAUUGAGGAGGGCCGGCCGCUGUUCCUGCCUUGUAACCCACCGAUGCCGGGAGCGUUUGUGUCGGUCCACCUGGAGGGUCUCGGCCAGAAGAGGCUCUCCAUCUGUGAGACGUUCGUCUACACCGACCAGGCGCUGCCGGUGGAGCGGUGCCCGCAGUUCCGUGACCAGCCUCUGGGAGCCAGCGCCACCUACAACGGCCGCUGUUACUCGUUCUACAACCAGCAGCCGCGCAGCUUCGGGCGCGCCCAGGAGUUCUGCGCAGCCCGGGAGGGUACCCUGAUAGCGGAGACCAGCCCGGCGCUGCAGGGCUUCCUCAGCUGGGAGCUCUGGAGGCGGCACAGGAGUGAGCCGGAGGGCCAGUACUGGCUGGGCGCCGUGCGGGACCCGCACCGGCCCUCCAUCUGGACCUGGAUCACCGGCCAGCAGGUCACCGUCAGCUUCUGGAGCGUGCCCGAGCGGGUGGCGGCCGGCGACUGCGCGCGGAUGGACGCCACCAAGGACUGGCUGUGGUCGGCGGCCGACUGCCGACAGCGGCUCAACUUCGUCUGCCAGAACGAGCCGGUGACCUGCGGCCGGCCGGAGCAGCCGCCUGACUCUGUGAUGACCGGGACGGAGUUCGGUACGGGCGCCCGUGUCACCUACCGCUGUGAGCCCGGGCACCUGCUGGUGGGACCCGAGGAGCGCGAGUGUCUGCCGACGGGCUUCUACAGCGGCUACCCGCCCACCUGCAAACGUCUGCAGUGCGGUCUGCCGGCCGACAUAGAGCACGGCUCGUACCGGUUCCAGAACGGCAGCCGGGCGUACCUGUCCACCGUGGUGUACAGCUGCGAGCCGGGCUACACGCUGGUGGGACGCGCCGAGCUGAUCUGUGACGUGGACGAGCGGUGGAACGGGCCGCCGCCGCGCUGCCAGGCCAUUCGCUGCGGAGCGCCGCCCGCGAUCCUGAACGGCGGUUUCCGGAGUCUGAGCAACGCCACGACGGUGGGCUCCGUGGUCGAGUACCACUGCCUGGACGAGCGGUUUGAGCUGGUCGGACCGGCGCUGCUCCGCUGUGGCGCCAACGGACAGUACGACAGCGAGCCGCCCGUGUGCCGAGUGCCUGACGCCAGUUCGACCACCGCGGCCACGGCCGCGCCGUUUGACCUCUCAUUUCUGGACGAGGCGCUGGCAGCAUCGGCCUCGGAGAUUCACGAGGAGCACACCAUAGACCUGGGGGGUCUGCUGGAACUGCUGGGCACUGGGGCGGACCUGCUGGGGCCCGGGGGACACCCGGAACAGGCGGCUGGCGGAGCGGGGCCGGCUGGGGAGGAACAGGGAGACCACGGGGACCCCAGUCAGCCCGUACAGCAGCCGGACUCGGGGAUAGAGGCACGGAUAGACGAGAUUCCGCUCGGCCCGAGAGGGAACGCCACGGGCCCGGCCGACGCGGUGGCCACCACAGAGCGCGAGUACGCCAGUGAGACGGCAGCCGCUCACCUAGCGGCCGCCACCGACCUCUCGUUCGCCUACCAGCCGACAGAGGGCAGCAGCGCGCCGGCGUUCGACAUCUCCAUCCACUACCGGCCGGCGCCCAAGAGCGGCUCGUCGGCGCCCCCGCCGCUGCCGACCGACCCGCACCGCCGCGGCCGGCCGCUGCCCACCCGGCCCUCCCAGUUCACCCCGUGGAACAGCGCGGGCCACUCGGCGGCAACCUCUCGACCUGUCCUCUCAGGGGAUGACUGGUCAGAAAAGACGCCCGCCUGGUCCCCGAGACCACCGCGAGUGACCAUCUCGGUCUCCGACCUCCCGUCACGGCCCGGCGCCGGUGACCCGCCGACCAGGCCUGCGUUUGACCGCGACCGCCCGCGGCCGACCCCUGCCGUCACCCCCGGGGGCUUCUUCAGGGUGGCUGCUCCUGAGGAGCUCCCCAGACGGCCAGCGGAGUCCGCUGAGCCACCGCAGAGCGAUCCUUACCCCAGUCACCGGAGCCGCUACCGGCCGGUGACGAGUCGGGCUGACCUACCGGUACUGGCUGACGACGGACUGUACGGUCUCCGGAGACGGUUCAGACCCAUUUCACUCGCUGAUAUCGCAGCCUCCGAGUUCGCCGCCGGCGACCGGCAGGCGAAUCGGAGAAAGACGCUCCACUCGGAGGAGCUAGUGGUCACUGAGAGGACGCCCAUUGAGCGGGUGUCACCCGUGGAGCCGCGGCCUCCGGCCUCCCCUGAGCGGGUCCCUGAGAGGGCACCCAGCCGACCGCGAGGACCGGUCUCCGCUCCCACUGAGAGCGACCCAGAGACGGCGUCUAGCCGAGUGCCGGACGUGCAGUUCACGCUGAUGCCGCCGUCCUUCUGGCCGGACCUGCAGCCGGCCCAGUCGGACGGCUCACAGGCCGAGGGUGUCAGUCCGGCCCCGUUCCGCCCCGUCCGCCUGCCGCCGCCGGCUGACGGUGACGGAGCCGCGGAUCUCUCUGUGGACCCCGCGGUACAGUACGACUCGGAGGACGCCAAGUACAUUGAUACAGAGUCCAUCGACCGCAGCGUGCGCGCCGAUCUGGUCCCGCCCACGAUAGUCUGGGAGCCGGCGCGGACCUCCGUGCCGCCGUCCGAGCCGCCGCCGCCGCCCACCCAGCCACCACCACCACCGCAGACUCCCUCUCCUACGACCCCGUCCCUGCAGCCCACCCCGGCACCCACGCCCUCAGCCCCUCCGCGGCCCUCGCCCCCGGUCCCUGCGCGUCCCUCUGAGCCGCCGCCUGUCGCAGCAGCGGCGCCCACCAGCACGGGGCGCCCGGCGGUGCCCGGACCGGCGCCCACCGACGCCCGCGAGCCGGACGCCUACGACCGGCCCGAGGAGGGCCGUGAGCCGGACACGGUCAGCGUGCGCCAGAACUCGCGGCCCGGCGUCCGCCUGCCUGACGUCGGCGAGGACGAGAGGGAGCCGCGGGGAGCGACGGACGCCGCCACGCCGCGACUCAACCUCAGCGGGAUCAUCGCGCUGGGUGUGUUCGGAGGGUUCGUGUUCCUCACGGCCGUGCUCACUUCCAUCGUUAUCAUCGUCAGGAGGACGCAGCAGCGCUCCCGGCGGCGCUCGGGCACGCGGCGACACCACUAUAUCUCCUCCAGCUACUCGACUGACUCGGAGAGUCACGGCCUGAGUCGGCACUCGCGGCGCGGUGGCGGCGGCGGCUGGGCGCACGGCCGGCCGGCCGGCCGCCGCUCCAGCUCGCAGGGCUACCGGGACAGCGCCGAGGUGGCCGUGGCAGACGUGUCGCACAUGUUCCGCAGCGGCGGAGACAAGCGGCGGCACCAUCACCACCACCACCACCGUCACCAUCACCAUGGCGACGAGAGGCCCCGGCGGCACUGAGAGGGCGCCACCCGCGCGCCGCCUGGUGGCCAGAGCGUGAACCGCAGCCGCCCGGGCGCGAGGUGCGAUGGACUGGUAGGCGAUGGAAGGGCGUUACAAGCAUAGAAGACGGACAGCGCCUGAAUGUGCUGUGAGGCACCGAGUAAUUAGGACUGGCGAUGUGUGUUUUUCACGGUUUUACUUACUGAAAUUCUGUAGAUCAGCAUCAUGACCACGGAGGACCUCGAAACCUCCCAAUCCCUCCCCCCCCAAAAAAAACGAACCAAUUUCUGGUAUUGGAAAUAAGAACCGAGACUGGAGAGGCUAGUCCGACUUGCACAUCACAGGCAGACAAAGAGUGCGCUGUGCCAAUUAGUAAGGAAACAUCAAACCUAGGCUUGUACCAAAGCUAGACUAGAAGGCCGGUAAAACAAGCAAACUAGUUCCUUAGACGCACAGACCAAUUUCAUACAUAAUCCCGACUUAGGCUUCGCGGUUUUGUACUCGUAGAGCGAUAAGUAAAGUCAAUUCAGAUCAAACCACCGUAUAGCGUCACAUGCACAACUAACCAGAGUAUUUGUCGAGCCUGCGUACCGGGCCUGCUCCACUGCGCUCAGUUCCCCAGCGCGGUAUUUUUAUGGCCGAGACAGCGGGGAACCACACUGCGAUAAGCCCGCUCCGGAGGAUAUCCCUCGGCAUUCUCGGCGUCUGACGAGCGGGAGACGUCACUGGUUGACGUGUUUUAUGACGUCAUUGACUGACGUGUUUGUGGGACGUACGUCAGACGUGAUGGUUCCUUGACCACGUACCCAGAACUGACGCGAUUUGUAGUUUUUAGUGUAAAUAAGUGUGUUAUAUCGAUGUUCUCAAUGCAUAUCGUGAUUGCUUAUCUUGAUCGUGAUUGCUUAUAUUGUUGCUAUGAAUGCGUGCGGUAUUUAUUAGCGAUCAGUGUUGGUUAUUCGUAUGCCUGGAUGUUGAGAUAAACGAUCAAAUAAGCAUGAAUUGA